GUAAAAAGGGAGGAGGUUUGGGGAAGAGGCAAAUAGAUGAGGCUUUGCAGGCAGCAGCUACAUUGCUAUGCCUUCUGCUUGUGGCUCUGGAGGAUUUUGUAGUGUCUGAAGGUGCUGCAGUGAUGGCUCUCACAUAUGGGGAAUACGUCUUUUCCUUCUGUGACGAGAGCGUUAAUUCUUGUCAGUGCUUCCAACUGUAUGCACGGCUUGUAGCAAAGGAAGGAGCUGGUUUUGGAGGUCAGUCGUGAGAGAGGACUGCAUCUGGCUGUGGGCUGUUCUUGAGCGUUUGAACUGGAGUCAGAUUGAUUUAAUCUAUUAUGGUUCUGAAAUGAACUGGAACUAACAGGUGAAAAUUGUCGUUGCUGACUGGCUAGUCUUCAGAAGAUGAAAACAUGGACUGUAAACCAUUGCAGCUAAAUUGGUGACUGCCAACAGGUCAACUCCAUAUUCCUUAUGCAACAGUCUAAUGGAUUAUUGUCAUUGAUUUCUGGAACAUAUAGGAGAUGCUCCCUAAUUGCGUGGAUGAGCCUGGAGUUCCUGAUUUUUUCCUGAUGGCAGAUUCAGUGGUGGUCACAAUAUUUUAUUUGAUAUUUUGUCUGUCUGUAUCAGGAUCCCUGAGAGGAAUACCUGCAGUAACAGACAGUAUGAAAAUGUUCUGCUUUUGUUGGCACAUGAUUGACAGACUCUAGAUACAUUCUAAGAAACCGCCAUAGAGGUGGCAUGCUUUUAAUCUGAGAGGUGUUUGAUUUGCCAUGUACAGGGGCACCAACAGCAUGACAGGUUGUCCUCCAGGAGCCAGGCCACUUAUUAAAAGCCACUCCCUUGAUCCCCAACCAUGCUGUGACCAUCGAGAGACCCCACAACGCCUUCGAUCAGACCCUGGACCCUCCAUCAGUCCAAGCUGCAACGGAGCCAGUGAGGAGCCGGUUUGCUCUAAGCCAUCCUCUUGUAAGAGACCCGUUGGGCCCAAACCACAAGUACCCCCAAAACCUUGCCACCUCCAGAGCAUCAGGAAACCCCGCAGAUCUGAGUCAAUUCCACCUCCACCAUCCCGUCCACUCCCUGCAGAUCCCCGUCCUGGGAAGAGCCCAGUUCAUCGGGCAGAAAGCACUGAUGGCGUGGGACCCUUUUGUGUAUCUUCUCUGAUUGAGAAGUUUGAGAGGGAGCCGAUCAUUUUGGUCCCUGAUAUAAACUGUGUAUGUCCCUGUCCGGGAAUGGAUUUGGCCUUGGAUCAUGGCUCUGACAAUGAUGUAUCCCAGGUCAGUGAUCAUACUAAGAACUACAGAGCAGAACAGUGCAGUUCCAGCAUGGGUGACCUCACUCACAAACUUUUGGAUAUUAUUGAAACUCGAGACCUGGGGGAUCACUCUGGGUAUUCUACAGACAGUUCAGAAAGUCGGCACUGUUUGCGUGAUGGACCACAGUCCUUGGCUGUCCGUGAUGGCUGUGGUAAACUCACCAACAGAGACAGUGGAAUUGACAGUAUUAGCUCACCAUCUAACAGUGAAGAGAUAUGUUUUAUUAGUGAGGAACAAAUAGAGGACAUGAAGACUGGUGAUUUUGGGUCAGAAGCUAUGGAGGUUCAGACAGUGGAGAGGAAGCGGCAGUCCACAAGAGACUCAGAAGUGGAUAGUGACCUGGAUGAAGGGAGUGGAGAUGAAGCUGAACUGCCACAGCUUUCCAAACCAGAGCGACAGGAUUCAUGUGAAUUUACCGCCCAGCAGAAGGUGUUCAACAUUGUUAAUGAACUGCUUCAAACAGAAAAAACUUAUGUCUCUCGGCUCCACCUCCUUGAUCAGGUGUUUUGUGCCCAGCUCAAAGAGGAAGCGAGCAGUAAGAACUCAUUUCCUUUAGAGGUAGUCAUGGGAAUUUUCUCCAACAUCUGCUCCAUCUACUGCUUCCAUCAGCAGUUUCUGCUACCGGAAUUGGAAAAACGCAUGCUGGAGUGGGACAUCAAUCCACGGAUCGGUGACAUCUUGCAGAAGCUGGCUCCAUUCCUUAAGAUGUAUGGCGAGUAUGUGAAGAACUUUGACAGGGCAAUGGAACUAGUCAACACUUGGGUGGAGAGGUCGUCACAGUUCAAGUCAAUCAUCCAUACCAUUCAGAAGGAGGAAGCAUGCGGUAAUUUGACACUGCAGCAUCACAUGUUGGGGCCGGUACAAAGAAUCCCACGCUAUGAGCUGUUACUCAAGGAUUACUUGAAGAAUCUGCCUCCAGACUCUCCGGACAUCAAGGAUGCAGAGAAAUCUAUUCAGUUGAUCGCAACAGCGGCUGAACACUCAAAUGCAGCGAUUAGAAAAAUGGAGAGAAUGCACAAACUCUUGAAAGUGUAUGAACUUCUAGGAGGAGAAGAAGAUAUUGUUAGCCCCACCAAUGAGCUCAUCAAGGAGGGCCAUAUCUUGAAACUUUCUGCUAAGAAUGGGACAAGCCAGGAACGAUACCUAAUACUGUUCAAUGAUCGUUUAUUGUACUGUGUUCCAAAGUUGCGCCUCAUUGGGCAGAAAUUUAGUGUGCGGGCAAGGAUUGAUGUAGAUGGAAUGGAGCUCAAAGAAAGUAGCAAUGUGAACUUACCUCGGACAUUUUUGGUGUCAGGAAAACAACGAUCGCUGGAACUUCAAGCCAGAACUGAAGAAGAGAAGAAGGACUGGAUCCAGGCUAUCCAGCUGACAAUUCAGAAACAUGAACAGACUCUAGAGACAUUCAAGUUCAUAAAUGUGUCCUUCAGGGAUGAGGAAGAAAGGACCCCUCCAAAUUCACCAAACACAGAUUUGGGGAAGAGAGCACCCACCCCAAUCCGAGAGAAAGAAGUCACAAUGUGUAUGAAAUGUCAAGAACCUUUCAAUUCGAUCACCAAGAGAAGGCAUCACUGCAAAGCUUGUGGACAUGUGGUCUGUGGGAAGUGUUCAGAAUUUCGAGCACGACUGAUAUAUGACAAUAAUAGAACAAAUCGUGUUUGCAUAGACUGUUACACAACGUUGCAUGGCACUCCUACAAGUCCAGGGUUCAGCCAACAAACACCUCAGCGAAGAAAGUCCAUUCUUGAGAAACAAGCUUCAGUGGUGGCAGAGAACAGCGUUAUCUGCAGUUACAUGCACUUCAUGGAGAAAGGAGAGAAGAGCUGGCACAAGGCCUGGUGUGUGGUUCCUGAAAAUGAGCCUCUGGUGCUAUACAUCUAUGGAGCUCCCCAGGAUGUAAAAGCUCAGCGAAGUGUCCCAUUAAUUGGCUUUGAGGUCACAGCACCAGAUAGUGGAGAGAAGAUUGAAAGACGCCAGUAUAUCUUCAAAAUUAGCCAGUCUCAUUUGACCUUGUAUUUUAGCACCGAGACUGAAGAGCUGCAGAAGCGCUGGACGCAUAUCUUAUCUCUUGCAGGACGUGGCGAACACUAUAACUCCACCUCCUCAAUACUAGAGGCUGAUGAAGAGGUGGAAAGUGCAGAAACUUUGGACAAAGCAGCCAUCAGGAACACAUAAUGGCCCAAAGAGUGAAGGUGCGCCUAGAGAUUUAUCUUAGAAGCUUAUCCCCUUGUCCUGUGACCCUGACCUGGACUAUACUGGCGCUCAUACCUUGGUUGGCCCAUUUAAGAAGUGUACUGUGGACAUUUCAACCCAGUGGAUUUAUUACUUGAACUCCUCAAGGGCACUUUCUAUCUCUGGCUUUGUAUUGUUUAUUAUUAUUAUUACUGUUCUUAUUUAGCAGUGAUUUGUGGUUUCUUCACACUUCAUUCAAUGUUUGUGUGUAUAUAGGAAAAGCCAUCAUUAAAGAGACAUUGGGUGGGAUUCAGAAGGAAUGCCUUACGGUUUGAAUUCUAGGCUACAUUGGCUUACACAUGCCUUAAGAAGCAAGUCAGUAAAACAUCUUAGAAUGGAGACAUCACAAAUAGUUAUUCAUUAGUCAGGCAUGCCUUGCAUGUCAUCUGACCCCUGGUCAGCAGCAGUCUGUUGCCCCCAGCAGCCUGACAUAAAAGUGACAUUAUGCUGGGGGUAUCACUUAGUGAGCUGCUCAGGGUAAGGCUGGGUAAGCCUUUUUUAUUUACUGUAAUUUACUAAAUGCAUAAGAAGUUGUAAUAUUUGCCAAAGGUUGCAUGAGGCAGCUGUGGCAGCCAUAAUAGAUCAGCAGAGUAAAUGCACAAAACUGUACAUGUUUGUGCAGUGAUUAGCUGCCUAACCAGCAGCCUAAUGUUAUCUGUACUGUUUUGCAGAUCAGAUAUUGAGCCACAGAUGGGGAGUGGGAUGCCAAAUACAGAACAGCUUGUUGCAUGCUGCUUACGCUUUAUGGCCAGCAAAUUCUAAAUUUUAGUCAGCCAUUUUUAAUUGUGCUUAGACACUUCUACCCUUAGUGACUAAGUGCAGCAUUCUCUGAAUCUCACCCAGUAUCCUUUGUGUAGUCAAAUUGUAUAUAUAUUUAAUUUCUGGUUUUACAGGUAGAGCACCACACCAUUUAGGCUGAAACAUCAUCACUUCUUCAUGCAGGAAAACACGUUUACAUUAGCAUAGCGAGAAUUUAGCAGCAAAGUGGGUUUUCCAGGGAACUCUACUUAACAUAACUGUCAUCGUCUUUUCUUAAAAAGUAGAGUUUUUGUCAUUUUUCACAUACUACAAGUCUAGUAAUUCUUAUAUGUCAGAAAAUUUCAAGUUUCACUUUAAAACUGAGUAACACCAGGGAGUUAUUACUGUGUGUUGUAUGUACUUCUUGCCACAAUGUUUUAGUGAAAUACGUGGUCAGAUUUUGCAUUUAAUGAUGUCACACUUUGUGGGAAGCUGUAUGUUUAAAAUUAGCUUCUGUCCUUGUGAGAGCACUAAAAUCAGUACACCGUUUAUCCCAAGACUUGAUGCUAACUGGUUAGCGACACAAACAGCCAGCGUGUUUUAUGAAUUUUGGAGUCGUUUCCACAAUGAUUAAGUAUCUAACAAUGGUAAUCACCUAGGCUAUGACCACUAAAUGUCCAAAACUUUAAGUUUGCAAAUGUUAACAAGAAUGUGGGGACACUGAAAACCUCACCCACUUCCUUUUUUUUCUUACUAGACAGUUAAGAGAUGCUAACAGUGAGCAGUCACCUGUGUUCCUCUCAGAAAUGCUCAGUGUAGUACCGUGCAGUAUUAACACGACUGUCAUCGUGUGUACUUGCUGUUUCUUUGGUACUGCAGCCUAACAGCUCUGUCAUCUGUAAUAUGAAGCAGAGCAGUCUGUGAUUUGAAUCAGAGCAAUCUGAGAUUGAUGAGGCCAAGGCUGUGCUGGAUCAUUUCCCCUAUAGCAGUAGUAAAUAUAUGACUCGUGGAAAUAUUAAUCGUGACAAUAGUAAACCCCCCCAUAAGUGCAUCCAAUCUGAGCUUGUUUGUACUUUAUACCCAGUUUUGAUCACAGAAUCCAAGAUUAUGAGCACUGAAAUAUGAGCUUACCAGCACAGUGCAUAGUGUAUGCAAUGUUCACAGAAGUUACUGAUUGUGUAGAGUGGAAAUCCCAGGAAUUGGCAGCAAUAAAGCAGAGCUACUUCAGUAACUUCAUUAUUCUCUUAUACCUCUCCCACAGAGACUUUAUGUACUCUAAUUUAGAAAAUGUCUGCCCGUAUUUUAUAUGUUGUAUAUUUAUCAACUGGGUAAGCCUCAUUGGAUAUGGGUUCCUUUUCAGAGGUGACCUAAGGGUGAUGUCUGCUCAAAUGACUUCUUCAAAGUUGCACAGUAGCCAAAUGAAGGUGGAAGGAAUCGAGCUCUGUACCCCCAAAUACAGAUAGCAAACUUGUUAACAGGUCCAGGCCUUAAGCCACUGUGCUAAUUGCCAUUCUUCAGUGCCUUGAUAUGCACACACACACACACACAUACAUUCCCAUUCUCAGUAGUAAAUUUGUUCCAUUUAAUUAUGUUGUAGAUAUUUUCUUUCCAGAAGCCUGGCACUAUGCAGGACAUUUGCUAUCACUUGCAGCAUGUCAAUGAUUUUGAUUUCUGUAGGUUUUGCUGCAGGAACACAGCUGCUGUGCAGUGUAUUGUACAAGUAGUGCCAGGUAGAAAAUUUGUCAGCCUGGGUAAUCCAGAAGUAUAUUUUCAUCUAGGUGUGAUGCAGAAUUACUAAAAAUGCACUCUUCUUCAUAAGUAGCAUUUUGUACUUUUUAAAUCUGUAUUUCAACUAUACUGGAUUGUUUCAUACUAGCUUGAAGUACUGAGGAUUGUCUUUUAAUGUUGUAAGCUGUCUGUUGACACACUGGGACUAAUGAGGGGAAAACUUAGCAGUCCUUAUUAAAGGAUACCACUGUCCCUUAAUAGGAUUUCUUUUAAUUGCCAGUCAUCAAUGAUAUAUGAACAGAGCUAAGCCAUAACUAAUAUGUUAUACAUAAUCAAUAGCUUCUCCCUCCACCCAGAAAAAAAAGCAUGUCUGUUGUUGCUUCGUUUGGGACCAUUGUCUCGAGUACUUAAAAGGCUGGUACUGCAAGACUGACUUUGGGGAACAUUAUGUAGCUAGUGACAGGUAUGUCACUUAAUUUACUUCAUAGAAGGGCCAUCCUCCUAGCUAGCGGUCUUAGUUGGAGUGUCAAGUGACUGUUUUGUAAGCCUAUUCACAUUUACACAUACCAGCAUUUUAAAUGUUUUUUAUUGAAUGUAAUUAUACUUGAACAAUAAGACAGGAAACUGCAAAAAAAGUGAAAUUUUAUUUGAGUAUCUUGCAUUAAAGUUUAUAAAAAUGUUAUGCCAUCAACCCUUCUUAAACCCCCCUCCUUCCUCAUGCUGGAGAAACUAUUUACUUCCUGUGUCUCCAGACUAACAUCCAGUUCACAAUUAGAAAACUGAUAAGUACCACCAUUGAGAGAGAAAAGCUUCAUUGAAUAGAAGUAAUUGGUUCCUAACUGAUAAUAUACUUUUUUUGUUAUGAUACUGUUUGUACAUAGCAGCUUUAUAAAUGUAUUUGCCUGUAUAUCUGACUUUUGCUAAGAUAGGCAAUGGCUUCCACUUGAGCCUGAAUUGGAUAAAAUGUCACUUAAUUUGAAGGGGGUGAUGGAUAUUUUUCUGGAACUGAAGGAUAAACUCCCCUCCCCAAGUCAUACUGCUGUAGAUUGAAAACUCCUCGUGUAUUUCAGUCCUUAUGUAGUUAGUACUGCGCAUAGUCUUUCUAAACUCUAUUUUUGAUUCAAACCUGAAAAAUUAACUUUUCAAGUUUGAUGUAAAGUUUUGUGUGAUUUAUCAAAUUACUUAUGAAUUCUCAGUUUUCAAGCACUGGAUUGUGUUACCAUCUUGUGAUAAAAUGAGUGUAGCAGGCAUGUAUAGUGCCAAGAACAGCCCACUUUUAAAGCAUGGUUAUGAUGUGUGUCCCACUAGGUAGCCUAGACGCUGUUUGCUCUUUUUGAAAUGGUCAGUGUAGUGCAUCUGUCUGGACCAGCAUCAUGCUCUAACCACACUGUCACCAACAUAUUUGCUGCCCUGUUCCAGCCAUGCUAUGUUAUCAGGACUUCUCAUACUGUUUAUGUUUGUAGGUUCUUAGCAGGCAAAUGAUCUGUGAGGGUCUUGAGAUGCCUUGCCUUACAUUCCCAUGGUAGUUUUUAUCCCUUAUAUUUUGCAUACAAAUAACUCAGAGAUGGGUAGAGCAAGGGUAUGUCGGGACAUUUACCUCUAAGUAGGUCAUUGUAAGUAACCUGAUUAAGGUCACUGCCAUCAAGGUUCCUUAUCUGUUCCUAAAAGACCCAUCCCAGAUAUAUUUUCUUCCUCAUUAAAUUGAGUUAGUAGUAAUUAAUUUUCGUUUUUAGCUGUAGUCUUGAAGGAUAGGAUUAAGACCCAGUAUUUAAUUUAGAUAUUUCUAAACAACCAAAUAAAGUAUUACUGUAGCCUAGUGGCUUGCAGAGCACAUAUCCUUACAGGUUACCAACUUGCAACAUAAGCAUGAUAGCUUAAGAUUAAUGUAUCCAGGUGAGACCCACUGAAUUGUGCAGCAGGCAUAAGAGUCGUAGCCAAAGAUGAAUGAACAGCAUCUGAUGUGAGAUGCGUCACUUUUGUAGUUUUUCCUCUGUUUAUAUUAUAAUCCUUUCUGGCUGUGGCAAUGGUGACUGCUCUCCUCCCCUUUAUCAGGAAUGCUAGGGUAUGCAUCCUUAAAUGUUUUUUUGGGCAUUUGGAUGGUCAUCGCUAACUUUUUUUUUUUUUUUUUUUUAUUAUUUAUAACUAACCUCUCCACUUGUCACAGGUGCUACUGUACUAGGAAGAUACUGACACUUUAGUGACCUAAAGAAAAUGUAUAAUCCUUCAACAGUAACAGUAUCCUGUACUGUUGUGUCAGGCAGGUAAUAAAAAUGUUAUUUUUAAAAUGAAAGAAAUGUGUUAUACUUUACAGAAGAUGAACACGAGAGAUGAAUGAAAUGCAACAGAAUUUCCUGUUUCUUACAAAAGGAUGAAUUCACAAUUGUUUUUAUCACAGUAUUUUUACCAGAAGAAAUAAAGGGAAUUGCAUUAUUUCCCACUUAACUGUCCAUCAGUGUGACAUCAAAGAUGUGCUGCUAUCUUGGCAAAGGAGAAAACUAUAUCCACCAUGACUAUACCAGCAAAAGAAGCACUUUUACUGCAGUUUGAAAAGGCAUCAGCUGUACUUUUCUAUACAAGAGACAAUGCAUGACUUAAAAAUGGAUAUUGAUGCCCUACCCACUGGGUAUGAAUGCUUUUGGCUUUUGACAACAGGAAUUCUUAGGAGAUGCAGUAUUUUCUCAGCAGGAGGAUCCUGAUUUUGUAGCCCAUUAAUGAUAGGUGGCUUAAGCUAAUCAAAUAUAAAAUUGCUCUAGCCCCAUCUUUAUGAUCAGUGUUGUAAAAAAUGACAUAAAAUACAUGAUGGGCUCAUAUUUCUUGUAUCCACAGUUAAGAAUUCCAGCUGAAACUGGGACCUUUCUUCUUCCAGUUAUGCAAGUUAUCUGUAUUAAUUAUAUGUUUAAUUAUUAA